AGAACAAGAAAAAAAAAAAGGAGACCGUGCGGCUGCGCCUGCGGGAGCGCGAGUACUCUGACGAGAAAGAACAGAACCCUACCCUGCCUGGGCUGCCGCCUGCCUGCCGCCGCACGCUCGCCGCCGGCCGCCGUGCCCCGCCGCGGCCGACACAUUAUUCGUUCGCCAUGCCCAGCCGGACAGCCCCGUGCGGCAGGGGGCAGCCCAGUCCUCCCCUUCUCCUUCUUGGAAUCUUGGUUGACAGCUUCCCCUGCAGGCUGCAGCCCCGUGCGGCAGGGGGCAGCCCAGUCCUCCCCUUCUCCUUCUUGGAAUCUUCGUCCAGUUCCAGGUCUCGACGAGCGGAGCAACCCUAGCGGCCGGCGUCCGGUCCAAUUCCACCACCGAAGCUCGCACGCAAAGCAAAGGAAGGCAAAAUGAAUAAGAGAAACAAGACAAUAAUAUUCUGUUUUUGAAGUUCAGACCUCGGGAGCCACGGGAAGAGGUCCUUUAACUCAAAUCAUUGAAGAUGUACUGCUUUGCAUUUCAAAUCAUUGCAGGCUUACCUUCUUCUACUAUUGAAGAUGUACACAUGGGAAGCUCAGGUCAAUAAAUCAUUUGAUUUGGUACCAUCUCUUGUAAUAUUUAUGCAAUAUAUCAUUUUUGAUAUGUGUUUUUUAGGGCAUUUUUUAUACGUGUUAAUUUAUGAGUUAAACCAUCAUUGAACAAAUACUGCCAUCGAAUAUUGUGUUUCGGAUCUGGUUAGUUAUGCAACAUAGUUUGACUUUUGUAUGCCUUAAAGUUGGGUUUUUAGGUGUUUUUUGACCAUUAGUUUCUCGCCUGGGGCGUCAGCCAAUCCUGCUCCGCCACUGGCGCUAAGUCCAGCUGACCGGGUACUGUAUGUCCCCGUGCCACCCACACGCACCGCAGCCGCCUCGGUGCUCAUUCUCUGCCAUGGCAUUUCCUUCAUCUCCUCUCUAAACUGGGGCGCCGCCUCUUUCAGCAAGCCCGAUAAACACCUUGAGCCCACGCCGGCGCCAGCGCCGGCGCCGUUGCCGCUGCCCUCCUCCUCCUCCCGGAGCCUCUUCCUCUGCAGCAGCAAAGAGGGAGAUUCCUCCUCUGUCCAGACUGUCUACACUCUCCGGAGGCCCCUCCAGAAAAAUCUAUCUGAAAGAGACUCUUGAGUGUCACCUAACUAAACAGUUCCUUAAACGCCGCCGCCUUCACAUGUCACAACACACCCCCAUAAAUCUUUGAUCUCUUCUCCUCGCUCUCUCAUUCCUUCUGUCGCCAUGGCGCUACCUUGGGCCUUCGUCCUCCUCCCUGCCCUCUUCUUCCUCUCCUCCUCUGUAUCCAACCUCUUCUUCUCCAACAGCAGCAGCAAUGGGAGUGGAGGGAGAUGCUCCAGCUGUCCAGUGUCUCCAGACGUCUCCUUCUGUCCACUGUCUCCAGAGGUCUCCCCCUGUGCACAGUCUCCAGAGGUCCCCUAUAUUGUCAGCACGAGCUACAGGACUGCCUACCACUUCCAGCCUCCCAGGAACUGGAUCAAUGAUCCAUGUGGACUAAUGUACUACAAAGGCAUCUACCAUAAUUUCUACCAGUAUAACCCCCACUGCGCCCUCUGGUGUUGGGGUGACAUAACUUGGGGCCAUUCGGUUUCGACAGACCUUGUCAACUGGAUCCAGCUUGAACCUGUGAUAGAACCGGAUAACCCUAGUGACAUUGACGGCUGCUGGACCGGUUCAGCCACAAUUCUAUCUGGUGGUCAACCGGUCAUCUUAUACACCGGUGGCAGGAGAGACAAGCGUCAGGUCCAAAACCUUGUGCUUCCCAAGAACCCGUCUGACCCGUACCUGAGAGAAUGGACCAAAAUUGGCAAUAACCCAGUGAUCCAACCGGUAGUACCGGGUUUGAACAGAAGCCAAUUCAGGGAUCCGACGACCGGUUGGAUCGGACCAGAUGGACUGUGGAGAAUAGCAGUUGGUGCCGAGCUGAAAGGCUACACUGCUGCACUUUUGUACAAGAGUGAAGACUUUUUGAGUUGGACAAUAGUUGAUCACCCACUGUAUUCACAGAACUACUCAUGCAAUAUGCGGAAGUGCAAUAUGUGGGAGUGCCUGGAUUUCUUUGCGGUGUUGCCAGGCAAUAACAGUGGACUGGACAUGUCCGCAGCAAUCUUAAGAGGCACCAAGCAUGCUCUCAAAAUGAGUGUGGAUUACUUUGAUAAGUACUUGAUUGGGGUUUAUGAUCUCAAACGUGAUGCCUUUCUGCCAGAUACUAUCGUAGAUGACUGUCGGCUGUGGCUGAGGAUCGAUUAUGGCCAUUUCUAUGCUUCAAAGUCAUUCUUUGACUCGAAAAAGGGCAGGAGGAUCAUAUGGGGUUGGUCUCAGGAGGCAGAUUGUCGUUCAGAUGAUGUUGCAAAAGGUUGGGCAGGAAUCCAUACAAUCCCCAGGACGAUUUGGCUAGACAGCAAUGGCAAGCAGUUGCUGCAAUGGCCAGUUGAUGAGAUUGAGUCCCUUCGAACAAAUGAAAUCAACCAUCAAGGACUUGAGCUCAACAAGGGAGAUAUGUUUGAGAUCAAUGGAGUUGACACUUUUCAGGCUGAUGUGGAGAUAUAUUUUGAGCUGACGUCCAUCAAUGCCGCCGAACCUUUUAAUUCUUCCUGGCUUUUCGACCCUGAGGAGCAUUGCUGUGAAGCCGGUGCAUCGGUUCAUGGUGGUAUAGGGCCAUUUGGACUUGUUAUUCUGGCCUCCAACAACAUGGAUGAGCACACUGUCGUGCACUUCAGAGUCUACAAGUCACAGCAAAAGUACAUGAUACUCAUGUGCUCUGAUCUAAGAAGGUCUUCCAUCAGACCAUCACCGUACACACCAGCCUAUGGAGGCUUCUUUGAACUUGAUCUUGCAAAGGAGAGGCAGAUAUCUCUCAGAACUCUGAUUGAUCGGUCGGCGGUGGAGAGCUUCGGUGGUGGUGGUAGGGUUUGCAUCACGUCCAGAGUUUAUCCAGCGGUGCUCGCCGGUGUCGGCAAGGCCCACAUGUAUGCCUUCAACAAUGGAAGUGCCACGGUCAGGGUGCCACAGCUCAGCGCAUGGACCAUGAGGAAGGCAGAAGUGAACGUGGAGAAGGGUUGGAGUGCUAUUUAAAAAAGAGAAGCAAUUUGAUUUUCUCGAUUCUUUUAUCAUUCAUGAGCACUGCCUGGCAGAAAUAAGGACACUCAACAGGAAAAAAUAGCCUAUCAUUUUUUUGAUUUCUAGAACUCAUAUAUUGUACUCCCUCCAUAUCAAAAACCGUCUUAAAUUUUGAUA